CAGUCGGGGAGCGCUGACGUAGGGGGACAUCCGGUCUGCUUCCCACUGUCGGAGACCUGCCCGUUCUGCCUUCGAACCGCGGACCGAUCUCCCUGGAGUUCUGGCCUGCGGGUUGGACUCGCCUCUGCGUCCUCGACCACUGCGAAAAAGGGAGAAAUGCCAAAAAAAAAGACUGGUGCGAGGAAGAAGGCAGAGAACCGCCGAGAACGGGAGAAACAACUCAGGGCAUCAAGAAGCACUGUGGACUUAGCCAAGCACCCAUGCAAUGCUACAAUGGAAUGUGACAAGUGUCAGAGGCGGCAGAAGAAUAGAGCAUUUUGCUAUUUUUGUAAUUCUGUUCAGAAGUUACCAAUUUGUGCACAGUGUGGGAAAACAAAGUGUAUGAUGAAGUCAUCAGACUGUGUCAUCAAGCAUGCUGGUAUAUACAGUACUGGCCUUGCUAUGGUGGGUGCAAUAUGUGACUUCUGUGAAGCUUGGGUUUGCCAUGGGAGGAAGUGUCUGAGUACCCAUGCUUGUGCCUGCCCACUCACUGAUGCAGAGUGUGUGGAAUGUGAACGAGGGGUAUGGGACCAUGGAGGCAGAAUAUUCAGCUGUUCAUUUUGCCAUAAUUUUCUCUGUGAAGAUGAUCAGUUUGAGCAUCAAGCCAGCUGCCAAGUUUUAGAAGCAGAAACAUUUAAAUGUGUUUCCUGCAAUCGACUUGGCCAGCAUUCCUGUCUCCGAUGUAAGGCUUGUUUCUGUGAUGAACAUACAAGGAGCAAGGUAUUUAAGCAAGAAAAGGGGAAACAACCUCCUUGUCCUAAAUGUGGACACGAAACACAGGAGACAAAGGAUCUUAGCAUGUCAACACGCUCCUUGAAGUUUGGCAGGCAGACUGGAGUUGAAGAGGGAGAUGGCGCUUCUGGGUAUGAUGCUUACUGGAAGAACCUGUCAUCUGACAAGGAUGGAAAUACUGGGUACCCUGAUGAUGAGGAAGAGGAGGAAGAAGCAGAGGAUGAUGAAGAGGAAGAAGAUGGGAAGGACUCUGAUGCUGAGUCAUCAGAUCUAUUCACUAAUUUGAAUUUAGGAAGGACCUAUGCCAGUGGCUAUGCUCACUAUGAGGAGCAGGAGAACUAGGAGCAGUUCCUUGUUGGCACUCAUGAGAAGAGCAGACCAAAUCAUAAGGAUGCUCACCAAAAGGCUAGUCACACUGGGCGCAGGACUAGUUUCUAGCAGUUUAAUAGGAACUUCUAGACUUCUAGAAGUUUGGACUUCUCAGUGUAAGAAAAAUGAAUUGAAUGUAAGGCAUAUGGAGUAUCAUGGAUUGGAUUAUUAACGAUUUCAAUAAUCUGGUAGGUUUUGCCAGUUAGAUACAUAUAAAAUACAUGAUAAAGGAAUAGAAAGAAAAUAUAUUUAUUUGAAAUUAUACUGUCUUUAUUAAAAGCACUGCUUAUAAAUUCAUGUAUCUGAUUUUACAAAGUAUAAUGGGUAAAAUUACUGUAUUCCUCUUCAAUUCGUAUAAGGAUAGUCAUGCUGUAUUGUGAAUUUCGCUGACUUUUCAUGCUGUGUUAAGUAGUCUUUGUGCAUUAAUGGUUAACCUGUUCAUCAUUUUCUUACAGUGUAUGUCCUCACCAGUGGUUAAUGUCUCAGUGACAAAAAUCUAGCUGUUUCUGUACACAUAAUGUCAGGACUAGUAUUACUGAUGCUUCACCCAGGGAAUCUCAAUUUUAAAAUAAAUUUAGUAUUAUACUUGAA